GCGGCGGUGGCGGCUGCUAAGGCUGGAGGAGCCGGGCCGGGCCCGCGGCGGAGGCCGUGGCUGGAACUGGGAAGGUGGCGGGGAGGGACGCGGGGGUAAAAUGGCGACAUCAGGGGCGAACGGGCCGGGCGCCGCCACAACCUCAGCGUCCAAUCCACGCAAGUUUAGUGAGAAAAUCGCGCUACAGAAGCAGCGUCAGGCCGAGGAGACGGCGGCCUUUGAGGAGGUGAUGAUGGACAUCGGCUCCACACGGUUACAGGCCCAAAAACUACGGCUGGCUUAUACAAGGAGCUCCCAUUAUGGUGGUUCUCUGCCCAAUGUUAACCAGAUUGGCUCUGGCCUGGCCGAGUUUCAGAGCCCCCUCCAUUCACCUUUGGAUUCCUCUCGGAGCACUCGCCACCAUGGAUUGGUGGAACGGGUACAACGAGAUCCCCGCAGAAUGGUGUCCCCACUCCGCCGAUACCCCCGCCACAUUGACAGUUCUCCCUAUAGCCCUGCCUACUUAUCUCCUCCCCCAGAGUCUGGCUGGCGAAGGAUGAUGCCCUGGGGCAACCUCCCGGCUGAGAAGGGGCAGUUGUUUCGACUGCCAUCUGCACUUAACAGGACGAGCUCUGACUCCGCUCUUCACACAAGUGUGAUGAACCCCAACCCCCAAGACACUUAUCCUGGCCCCACACCUCCCAGUGUCCUGCCCAGCCGCCGAGGAGGUUUUCUGGAUGGUGAGAUGGAUGCUAAAGUCCCUGCUAUCGAGGAGAACUUGGUAGGUGACAAGCAUUUGCUGAAACCUUGGGAUGCUAAGAAGCUGACUUCAUCUUCCUCUCGACCCCGGUCCUGUGAAGUCCCUGGAAUCAAUAUCUUUCCAUCUCCUGACCAGCCUGCCAAUGUGCCUGUCCUCCUGCCUGCCAUGAACACGGGGGGCUCCCUACCUGACCUCACCAACUUGCACUUCCCCCCUCCGCUACCCACUCCCUUGGACCCUGAGGAGACAGUCUACCCCAGCCUGAGUGGGGGCAACAGCACCUCCAAUUUGACCCACACUAUGACCCAUUUGGGCAUUAGUGGAGGUCUGGGCUUGGGCCCCAGCUAUGAUGUACCAGGACUUCACUCACCUCUUAGCCACCCAUCCUUGCAGUCCUCCCUAAGCAAUCCCAACCUCCAGGCUUCCCUAAGCAGUCCUCAACCCCAGCUCCAGGGCUCCCAUAGUCACCCAUCACUGCCUGCCUCCUCCUUGGCCCACCAUGCACUGCCCACCACCUCCCUCGGCCACCCGUCACUUAGUGCCCCUGCCCUUUCCUCCUCCUCUUCCUCUUCGUCCACUUCGUCUCCUGUCCUUAGUGCCCCCCCUUACCCAGCCUCUACUCCUGGGGCCUCUCCCCGCCACCGCCGAGUGCCCCUCAGCCCCCUGAGCUUGCCCGCGGGCCCAGCCGACGCCAGGAGGUCCCAACAGCAGCUGCCCAAACAGUUUUCGCCAACAAUGUCACCCACCUUGUCUUCCAUCACUCAGGGCGUCCCCUUGGAUACCAGUAAACUGCCUACUGACCAGCGAUUGCCCCCGUACCCAUACAGCCCCCCAAGUCUGGUUAUACCCACCCCAAAGUCUCUACAGCAGUUGCCCUCUCAGGCCUGCUUAGUGCAGCCCUCAGGUGGACAGCCCCCAGGCAGGCAGCCACAUUAUGGGGCACUGUACCCACCUGGGUCCAGUGGGCAUGGGCAACAGCCUUACCAUCGGCCAGUAAAUGACUUCAGCUUGGGGAAUCUGGAGCAGUUCAACAUGGACAGCCCAUCAGCCAGUCUGGUGCUGGAUCCCCCUGCCUUUUCUGAAGGGCCUGGAUUUUUAGGGAGUGAGGGAUCAGUGAGUGGCCCCCAGGACUCUCAUGUCCUCAACCACCAGAACUUGACCCACUGUUCCCACCAUGGCUCAGGACCUAAUCUCAUACUCACAGGAGAUUCCUCCCCAGGCUUCUCCAAGGAGAUUGCAGCAGCCCUGGCCGGAGUACCUGGCUUUGAGGUGUCAGCGUCCGGGUUGGAGCUGGGACUGGGGCUGGAAGAUGAGCUUCGCAUGGAGCCCCUGGGCCUGGAGGGACUGAGCAUGCUGAGUGACCCGUGUGCCCUGCUGCCUGACCCUGCUGUGGAGGACUCAUUCCGAAGCGAUCGGCUACAGUGAGGGGGCCUGGCUGCCAUCCUUCAUGGCCCUGUCCCGUCACUGUCCUUUUCAUCCCUUCCCCUGGCCAGUAGAGACUAUACUCUCUGCCCCCAGAUCCUUUUUCUAAUAUGAAUGAAGGAUCCUAAAAAUGAGGAAGGGGAAGGGGCGAGGCCAGGCAACCCCUGAGUGCUAUACAUGCCUGGGGGAGCUCAAGGGAGGACCUAAAGCACUUGUAACUUUGAAAACCGUCUGGAGGUCAGAGCCUGUUGGAAAGCAAGGCGUAGAGGGGAAUCUUGGAGGUAGGGCUUGUCCAGAGAAGGGUGGGCAUUCCCGGCCCCUCCCUAUCUCUUCCCCUUCCUUGCAAUGGAGGAGAACCAGAGUGGAUAUUAUUUUUUAUUAAAUAUAUUAUAUGUUAAUAAAAAAUCCUAUCAAA